CCGAGGCGGAGGGGAGGGGGUCGCGCCGGGGGCCGGCGGAGCUGCUUUGGCUGCGGCGGCAGCAGGAGACGGAGCGAGCCCGGCGGCCACGGGCAGACCCGGAGGGAACGGAGGAAGCGGUCAUGUCUCGCUACACGAGGCCCCCCAACACCUCCCUGUUCGUCAGGAACGUCGCGGACGCCACCAGCACUGCCACUGGGGGACAAUCAAAAUCUAGGAGGCCUGAGGACUUGCGCCGUGAGUUUGGUCGAUAUGGCCCUAUAGUAGACGUUUACAUUCCGCUUGACUUCUACACCCGCCGCCCGAGAGGAUUUGCUUAUGUUCAAUAUCCUUUAUUUUACUGUGUGCAUGUGAAUAGACUACAUACAUGUGCAUAUACAUAUAUGUACUCAGGAGUAUAUUUUAUGAGAUUAAUAUUGCCUAAUUAAAUGUGUUUAUUUCUUUAUCUCAGAAAAUCUAAAGCAGUCCACAGUAGCUGGCAAGCGCCCCUCAGUUUGAACCAACCUGUUAGCUAGAAUCCAAGCAUAAACCGAGCAGGCGAGACAAAAGGCACCUAAAGUUCAAGCAUCAAGGAGUAAAGAGGGAGGGUGGACACAGAUAUAAAGACCUGGAAGAGGGGAAGUCUUUAUCAAGCAAAAGACAAAGCCAACACCAGGUUGAGACUUCGGCUUUCCUACAUUUACUCAGAGUUCCAGAAUCAAAGCCAAGUCUGAUGUUGGUUCUGCGUCUCUUAUAAAGUCCAUCUUGCAAGCCCUAAAGAAUAAAGGUCAAGGUUCAAGAUCAAGUGACAUUGAGGUAAUUGCCAAAGUCUCAUUUUGUAUUGCAUUACUUGAGCUUUUUCUGUUUUCUAUUUUUAAAAAAGUUAAACCAGCAACAACCUCCUGAAAUACAGCUAUUUAGUCGUUUUAUAUAAUUUGUUUCCAUUUAUUUAGGUUUAAUAUAUAAUUUAUAUAGAUAAGGGAGUUUAGUGGGGUAUUAGAAAUCAAUAUAUGUAAUUCCAGAUGUUUGCAGAUUGUUUAUAUAUUUCUUUUAUAAUCAUAUCCCAAAUAAUAAAAACAUAAAGAUAUUUUAAAGCAGUAGGUUCAAAGUUAAAUAUCAUUUUUAAAGAACCAAAUCAGUUUUGAAUAUAUGUUUUAGCUCACUUAUAUGUGUGCACUUUUGUUUAUAAGUAAUUUCUCCUAAAUUAAUUUAAAAAGCCUUUUAAUGAAAGAGUAAUUUUAAUUUCAGAAUAAAGAUUUCUGCAUGCUGAUUUUUUUUCAGUGAAAAACCUGAUAAAUCUUUUACCUAAGAGAAAGGAGUGAGUCCUAAACAGUUUAUUUGAUAAUACUAACCAAUGUUGGACUUAUCUUUUUCUCAUAGUUUCUAAUUAUACAUGCAUACUACAGCUACACUGAUGUAUACAUUAAAAAUAUAGAGAUUUGUUUCUGUUUUUUUAUUUUUAGAUUCACUCUUCUGAAUCAUAAUGGGGCAUUUGUUUUGAUAAUAAGUGACAUUUUUUUCUGAUUAUUCAUAUUAGAGAUGUGAGCUUAAUGACUUGAGCUUGUUUUUCCUAAUAAUUUCAUGUCACAUGUAAAUAAUUCUUUAAAAAUAAUAUUUUUAUUUGAUAUCUGAUGUUCAAAGUGUCCUUAACAGCUAGUCAUAUUUGAAGAUGUUCGUGAUGCUGAAGAUGCUCUUUAUAACCUCAAUAGAAAGUGGGUAUGUGGCCGUCAGAUUGAAAUACAGUUUGCACAAGGUGAUCGCAAAAGUAAGUGUGACUAAAUAGUGGAUCUUGUUUAUUUAGCAGAAUGAGUUUCAGCAAUGACAGAUUUUUUUAAUUUAAAAUUCUUUCAGAAUAUACUAUUCGAGUGGUUUAUUUAUUGAGUGGUUAUUUAUUGAGGUUUUCAGGUAAUGAAUUAUAAAUCUUGAAUUUCAUAUUCUAGCACCAGGCCAAAUGAAAUCAAAAGAACGUCACCCUUGUUCUCCAAGUGAUCAUAGGAGAUCAAGAAGCCCCAGCCAAAGGAGAACUCGAAGUAGAAGUUCUUCAUGGGGAAGAAAUAGGCGGCGGUCUGAUAGCCUUAAAGAGUCCCGACACAGGCGAUUUUCUUACAGCCAGUCUAAAUCUCGCUCCAAAUCACUACCAAGGCGAUCUACCUCAGCAAGGCAGUCAAGAACCCCAAGAAGGAAUUCUGGUUCUAGAGGACGGUCAAGGUCUAAGUCCUUGCAAAAAAGGUCCAAGUCGAUAGGAAAAUCACAAUCAAGCUCACCUCAAAAGCAGACCAGCUCAGGAACAAAAUCAAGAUCACAUGGAAGACAUUCUGACUCCAUAGCAAGAUCCCCAUGUAAAUCUCCCAAAGGGUUUACCAAUUCUGAAACUAAAGCACAAACAGCAAAACACUCUCAUUUUCGAUCACAUUCCAGGUCUCGGAGUUAUCGUCAUAAAAACAGUUGGUGAACAGCAACAGAAGAGUGCUACGUAGUAUUUAAUAUGUUAUUAAACCUCUCAUUAUGUUAAAUAAAAAUUCUUCAAGGCUUACAGAAAAAGUGAGUUGAUAUUAGUUACUUUGGGCAUGUGCAAGAGAUAAAAUCUCUCUAGCUUGGGUUAAUGAAGAUUUGGUCUCGAUUUAAGGGCCCAUACCACAAAUUAUGAUGUGAGUAAUGUCCCAUUUUAUGGACCAUUUUUUGUUUACAUUGUGGCAGAAGGGUACUUUUCAAAGGAAAUGGAUAAAAUGGAACUAAUUUGGAAAAUUGGACUUGGAUGUUAAGUAUUAAUAAUACUAAUAACUUUUACAAAAGUUUUUUUACUUUAAAGCACUUUCCUUUCAUGUAAAAAGUAAUUAUGACCUGUAUAAUCGCAUAGGGCAAACUUAAGACUAUUUGACAUCUUACGUCUCCUUUUUGUUUUCUCUUUAAACUUGGGCCAAUUCCUGAUGGGUAUUAAUUCAUAUUACAAAAUUCUGACAUUUCUAAAAGUAGAGUUUAUAGAGAGAUCAAGCAUUCAAAAGAUACAUUCUUUCCUGAGCUCAGAAAAGGUUUAUUUUUACUGGGUGGAACAGUAUAGAUAAGUAGACAUUAAAUUGUAUCCUAUACCAUAUUUAUUCACUUCAGAAAUAUCGAAACGUUAUAAAAAUUCUGAGUUUUGAAUGGUUUGAGACUACUCUAAAAAUGAUGUGCAACACUCAUAGUCCAAAAAAUUCAUAUCAAGCCUUACACAUUUGAAGAGUGGUACAUUUUGUAUAAAAAUCAUACUUUAUACCAUUAAUUCUGCAUACCUACUUUUCAUCUAUUGCUUAAUUUUUCUUUUUAGAGCUCUAGCUGACGACUUUAAAUUGUAUAGAAUAAGUCUUAUUUAUUUUUGGAAAUGUUUAGUACCUUGUAUUAAGAAACUCAAGACUGCCUCCUCAAAAAACAACUUUGCAGUAUUGGGAUUUACAUUACACUGCCCUUCAUUUUUUUAAGCCAAAUAGCUUUAUUGAUAUUCAUUGCUUUUGUAGUUGUUAAAACUAAGAAUUUCUUUAAAAAUGUGUUUGUAGAUUAUGUUUUUCAGAGGGUUUUGGUAGUAUUUGUGAUAAAAUGGUUUUGCAUAUGGUUAUUAUAGGGGAUAUAUUUAUAGAGCUCUACUUGUGUACCUUGUUGAAUUACAUUGAAAUUAAAAGUUCUCAGCCCAUACAGUUAAUAUUUGUAUCUAGAGUGCUUUAGAAAAAAAAUAUGUCUUAUAUUUUUAGCAUAUAGGAGCCAAUAUUGCUUCUAUUCUGAAUACAAAUUCCAUUUUUUUUUUUUUUGCAUUUUACAUCCUGUGUAAGAAAUAACUUUACAAAAUAAUUUAUAUGCUGGUAAUAUUUGGACAGGUACCGUAAAUUCAUGUAUACUGUACUUUCUGAGUAGAUUUUCUCUAUCAUAGCAAAAUUUAUUUCAAAAUUAUAGCUCUUUGAAGUGUUCAAAUAUAAUAAAAAUUUAGUUAUAAAAUUAUGUGGCAGUAUUGAAAAUUGAGAGGACAGUCUGAAGAAAGAGCAAGACAAAUACUAAUUUUUUGAAUCUUCUAAAUAAAUGUUUGGGUUUACAUACACAUAUAUGUAGUUAUUCCAGAUACUAACUAGGAGUUGAUUGUAGUGUCUUUACAUUUAAUCAUUAUAUCUUAGUAAAAAGUUAAUAAGGCAGUGUUUCUGAACAUGCUUAAUCCUUCGAUUUACCUCUGAUUUGGUUUUCCACUGUAAUCCCUGGGCUGCUUAGGAGGAUUCUGUUUGGUUUGAUGGAAAAACUGGAAUGAUAAUAGUUUAAACUUUCUGAUCAUUUACUAUGUGCUUGGCACUGCUCUGUAAGUUUUACAUUACUCACUCAUCACAACAGCUUUAUGAGGUCAGUACCACUGCAGAUAACGUAAGUGAGACGUGGAGAGGUUAAAUGACAGGCACAAGGUCACACAACCAUUACACUUUGGAGCUGGGUGGUGGCUGGGCUGCAUACGGCCCUCCCUGAUCACCGUGCUUGUCUUUUUGGAAGAGAAAAGUCUUUGACAGAUACAUGCUAAACUAAGAUAAUAUUGAGAGGAAAAGGAGAGAAUAGAAUUUGGAAAGGAAAUGAUUAUAGGGUUCAGUGAAAAUGGGUUCUGUGACUGAGUGGAAAUUGAUUGGCAGUUGUGCUGAUAUCCUGGAAAAUUGUCCUCUGGGUACAUCUAUUCUAGGGUUCACUUCUGCUGUAGAAUUGUUUCUUGGACCUUUUAAGAGAGGAUACUUAGGGUAGGAUUGUUAAAUAAAGCAAAUGUAUCACACAUCUGUGAUCAUUUCCUUUAAAGAUAAUAUAUUUACUCAGGUACUUCCUAUGUUUAGUGUAGGGGCACUACCUACCUCCAUUUGUUCAAGAUUCAUAGAGGAUAAGUUAAUGUCAAAGAAGAUAAAGGUGGCCACCAUGACUGCUUGGUUUCUUCUCCCCAUGAAUAAUACACAAUUUCUGUAUAGCAGCUGGUAUUUUGUAGCUGCAAACGUAAUGGGGGAAUAUGCCAAAUUUUUUAUCUGGAGUCGGGUUUAAUCUUGUGCCACUAGGCUGUUUAUUUUUAAAUGUAAAAUAUUAACUAAUUUCAGGACUUUAUAUGUUAUCUGAGAUACGACUAUUCUAAGACAUGCUGUUGUAUUCAAAUAAAUAAUUUCUGCCUUUAUUCCAAUUCCAUUGCAUGAAGCAAAAUUAGUCGAAGUUUAAAGGAAGAAGCGUUUAGAAAUACUUCUAUAAUUCUUCUAUACUACAUUAAAAUUGUAAUUUCUUAUAUAGAGUUAAAAAUUAAAUUUGUUUUCCAAACAGUGUGGUAGACUAUUUGGGGUAUCUGUAUAAAUAAAUACAUGCUACUUAUGCAGAAGAUCUUAAUCUGGUAUCAUGAAACCGAAGCUUCAGAUCUAGGUCCUGUAGGUUUUCAAACAAGUCCGUGACUCUCGGUAUUUUAAGGACCAGUGGUUCAGUGAGACAUACGGAUGUUAGUCUCAAAACUCAUAUAUUUGAUUAGAAAAAUUUAAGUAUUAAAUGAAGAUUACAAACUUAGCAUCUAAAUUACUCCCUUGAUGAAACUAGGGUAUUUAGGAUCAUAACAUUAGCUCUGGCAUUGAUCUAACCAUGUCAGUUUAGGCCCUCUGGAAAUUUUAUAUCAUGUACCUUUAAAAAGAUGCUCUUAAAAUUAAGCAAAUUAACCACAGCUUUGUGCAUCCCAGACAAGUCCCCAUUGCCUCACAUAGACAGCCUUGGGGGAGUAAGCACUUCACUCCUGACUGGGCUAGGGCCUGGCCCCACUGCUUAGAGAAUGCCCCUAAUGCACUGAUCCCAUCCCAGGAACACAAUAGAGCUGGGACAGCCCACAGAGAAGGUGAAUGGACUGUAAUUGAUGGAUUGACUGUGAUUAUGGAAUUAAAUUGGGUACAUCUUUUGAAAAGAAGCAAAUAAAGCGUAAAGAUAUUAUGGUCAAAAACCUAUUUAGAAAUAUAAUAUUCCCUUAUAGAAGUGUUAGAUAUUCCAGGUUGAUUCAACUUCAUUCAAGUUAAAACAGUACUUUACAAUAAUGACAAAUACCAUUUUUUAUUUAAAGGAAUCAUGUGAGGAAAGACUGAAUUUAAAAAUAUACAUAGGAUACUAUACCACAUCAGUAGUAUUUUCCCCCAAAAAAAGGUAUAAUGUUUUUAUUUUGGGGAAAGGGUUAUAUGAUCAGUCUUUCUUGAAUUUUAUGUUCUAGGAAUGUACCACAAUUUUGAAUUUAUGAAAAGAAAUAGUAUCAACUUGUGGAGAUAGAUGGAUGCUAAGUGGGUUAAUGGUUACUGUUUUUUAAAUGUAUUAUGUGAUUUUAAGCAUAUGUUUGGUUCACACGUUUCAAAACACCAUAUUCAACCUACCUGUAAGUUUAUGAACUAGUAAGGUUACAAAUUAAAAUCAGGAAUAUCUUAGGGUAUGUCAGGUUUCAGGUUCUUUCAGAAUGCAGAUAGAAAAUUUAAAGGGUCAGUCUCUCCAGAUGAGAGAAUAUCUAGCCAGUUAUCAGUGCUUUGUGCUAGAAAUGGAUUGAUUGCAUGUUCAUUACUGUUUGAUCUUACGUAUUGCAGCUUGUGUAGGAUGAGCAGUUUCUCAGAAAAAGUGUAAUUGAAACAAGAAGCAAAAUUACCGCUUUUCUUAUUUAGGAGUAUAAUUCUGUGAACUAAAUGCCUAAGAACUAUAUGCUUUUUAGAAAUGGGUCCAUAGACAUAGAUUGAGGAAAACCACAUUCUAGUUUUCUUGGCUUACUCCUUAUAGUAUAGACUUAAAAUGCUGUUAAAUUGACUAAUUUCAACAGAAAUCUCAAUAUAAAAUAGUCUUCCAGGCUCAAGUGAUAGCCUAUUUUUUUUUUCAGUAAGAAAAAUUCAAUGGAUUUUUUUGUGGGGGAAGUUAAGAGCCAUUCCUAUGACAUUUGUGAGGCGGUGUCUGCUUUGUGGGAAUACUACUUUACACCUUGAGAAAAAUUACUCUGUUGAAGACCUUUUUUCAAAAUCGACAUAAGCUGUAUAACUGGUCUGACUCUUCAGGGCAUUCUUACAUUUUAAAAAUGAGAUGGAAUGUUACUUAAAUUUAUUUUAACACGUUGUAAAAUAUUUAUAUAAUUUCGUAAGAACCUUAAGGAAAAGCAUUAACAUUCACAUUGUCGGUAAACCUUAAAAUUUUGGCCUUAAAAUGUUAAAUGUAGCUGAAUUAGGAAAACUAAUGCUGUAGUUUUGUUAGGAUAGUCAUUAUAAUUUUUAAUGUGUAUAUAAAGUCUAACCAUUUUUGGUGUUAUUUUGUACUUUAUAAUUCCCUACUCUUGCCAUAUAAUCUAUGUGGGAUUUUUUUAAAAAUACCACUUAAAAACAUGGAUAAAAAAUUUUUAUUCUAAAAUAUCUCAUAUUAUUUG